UUAUUCGCCGGGAUCCUGCGCCUGGCUGCUCAGGUCUUCCAGCCACAGAAUGACUGUCCUCUUUAAUCUGACAGUCGACAGCGGGCAAAUGGAAAAGUAGCUGCGUUGGGCAUCGGAUGCGCGGCUUUUAGCGGACGCCAACAUUGUAGAAAGAAAAAGGAUUUUUUUUUUUUACCGAUUUUCCGGUUCGGCUCAGUCUGGACCUAUGUUAAGUUGUCGCAGUGGAUUUUCGUUGUAGAUUGUAACGAAGCGUACACUACUGUGGUACCUGGCUGCUUGCGAUAGUGCGGAUCUACCGGCAAUAUACACGCAGCAUAGACAAAAUUGGCCCGGGGCCCAUUGCAGGUGCUGAUGGGAUGGACAGGAUUAAAGUCAUAAAGAGGCGUCUAUCCAUGUCUCUGCGUGGCCCCAGGCCCGCAGACGAGCCGCUGGACGAGCAGACGGAGUCGGCCCCACCUGAGGACCCACCCCUUUCCCAAGCCUCGGAUCCGGUGGUUUGUCCUGCCUUACGGCCCACCCUGUGUCCCUCCUCGCACCCUGCCUCGCACAGCGCCCCCUCCUUCCUGCGUCAGUAUGCAGGUCACCUGGGACGAACAGCCCUGCGCCGGGACCCCAGGGGUGUGCUGGAGCGCUCCCAGCUGAACCUCUACAGGACCGGAUCUCUCGGCAUCGUCCAUGAGAACGGCAAGGGGACCGCGAUGGGCUCAGAUGGCGAGAGUGACCAGGCAUCCGGCACGUCCUCUGAUGAGGUGCAGAGCCCAGUGCGGGUGCGAUUACGGAAUGGGAACCAUCGCCGCAUCGCGGAGGACAUCAACAAGCGACUCUCCCUUCCGGUGGACAUCCGGCUGCCGGAGAGCUACCUGGAGAAGUUCGCCAUGAGCGGGCCGCCCUUCGCCAAGCCCAUGAGCCGCCGGCUUCGCCGUGUCUCACUGUCUGAGAUCGGCUUUGGGAAGUUGGAAACCUACACCAAGCUGGACAAAGUGGGUGAGGGCACCUACGCAACAGUGUUUAAGGGUCGCAGCAAGCUGACGGGCAACCUGGUGGCACUCAAGGAGAUCCGUCUGGAACACGAAGAAGGAGCGCCAUGCACCGCCAUCCGAGAGGUGUCUCUCCUUAAGGAUCUGAAGCACGCCAACAUCGUCACUCUCCAUGACAUCAUCCACACGGAGAAGUGCCUGACUUUGGUGUUUGAAUACAUGGAGCAGGAUCUGAAGCAGUACAUGGACGACUGUGGAAAUAUCUUAGAUGUGUGCAAUGUUAAGAUCUUCCUAUUCCAGCUGCUCCGGGGCCUGGCUUACUGUCAUGGCAGGAAAGUCCUGCACAGGGACCUCAAGCCCCAGAAUCUACUCAUCAGCCACAGGGGGGAGCUCAAGUUGGCUGACUUUGGUCUAGCCCGGGCUAAGUCGGUUCCGACUAAAACAUAUUCCAACGAGGUUGUGACUCUCUGGUACCGACCACCAGAUGUACUGCUAGGCUCUACAGAGUACUCGACACCCAUCGACAUGUGGGGGGUAGGCUGUAUAUUCUACGAGAUGAUGACGGGUAGACCCCUGUUCCCUGGAUCUACAGUGAAGGAUGAGCUACAUUUGAUAUUCCGAAUUCUAGGCUCUCCAACAGAGGCGACCUGGCCCGGAAUCUCCAGCUGUGAGGAAUUACGAGCCUACCAGUUCCCUCAUUACACUGCUGAGCCGCUGGUCAACCAUGCACCAAGGAUAGACGCCGAUGGGAUUCACCUUCUGACCCAACUCCUCCAGUUUUCGGUGAAGAACCGAAUUUCUGCUGAGGAUGGCCUUCGACACCCCUAUUUCUCCUGUCUGGGGGAGCAGGUGCACACGCUGCCUGACACUGCCUCCAUUUUCUCUGUGAAGGGCAUCCAGCUCCGCAGGGACCCAGGAAGGAAGAGCAACAUGCACCUAGAGCCAGCGCCAUCUACAGUGGGCACUGUUCCCUGGGAGUAUGUCCAGAGAGAGGGCGCCCAAGCACGGAGCUCGUCCUACGCAUCCACGUCCUCCACAAGCUGAGUGACUCUCUCACACACCGACCAAGGGAAGAACCGGAGACUAAGCGUGUUGUUUUAGGUGCCCGCGAGGCUCGUGGCGGACUGCCUUCCUCCUUUUCCCAGCUGCUGUGGACAGACUCAAGUUCAAGACAAGAAAAAGAGGGAAGGAAACCCAAUAGACACUCUGACAUCAUAGUUCUUGAGACAUUAGGCUUAUUCUACAUGCAUACAUUUUUAAUAAUGUCUUUAUCAGUAAUUUGCAGGCGUGAAGGCGAUAUACUCUAGUAUUUAAUGUGGAUCUACGCCUAAUACCGUCUACCAUUUUGGAUAAUUGGCGAUGAAUACAGUAACAAGUGCAAUAACGUUGUAAUGGUGGCACACGCAUCAAGCGCCAGACAAUAACGUCGCGGGUGGUUGCAUGUCCUUGUGCGUGUGUGUUCCGAAGUGUGCCUGUAUGGUGCUCUGAUCUUCAAAUUAGAGAAAAAAGAUUAAACUGGCCUGUGUUCAGUCCUGCUCGGCUGUCCGAUGCUGCUCCCAGUGACUUCCUCUGAAGUGUAUGGAUUGGCCUCGGUCAGUGGAGUGAAAGGACAAGGGCUGCGGGAUUGGCUACAUGCCACGGUCUCACUGUUCUUCCUUGUUUAACUUGCCCUGCCCAGCCGCUGCGGCUGUGUCACUGCGUGUGGGAGUGAGUGCGUGUCCAGGGUUUGGCAGUAAACAGAGUGCUGACCAUGAGCCCAUGAAGGCACCUGCAGGUUAUUUAUUUUAGCGAAAGUUAUUGAGGAUCAUACAGCAAACCUAAUGAAAGUGUGAAUCUGAGAAGCAAUCAGCAGGGAGCUUUACUGCCCUGCAGCCAAACACUUUGUUUGGAAAUUAGCCAUUUUAGUGUAGCGACUCCCAGUUUUAUGUUUUAGGGUGCACUUCCUUAAAUACGGACCUUUAAUGGUUUUUGUUGCCCUAGAGGAACGUUUAUUUUUUGGUUUUGCUUUUAAAAUCGUGAUGAUCGAAAUGGUGUCUCUUUCGGUUUUUCUGUAAAGACAACAUUCCUGUGGCAUUUUGUUAGGGGAGCCUGUGAAUAUGAAUGAGUGAAAUGAAAUGUAGAAUUAUGAAUUUAUUUAUUUGAAUGACAUUAUUAUUAUUAUUAUUAUUAUUAUUAUUAUUAUUACUUACAGACUAUGUGUAGUGUCAACAAGACUACUGACAAUUUUGCUAUGUUGUUACUGGAGUGUAAAAUGUCCAUCUCAUGAACCGGAACCGAGUUGAUCCAGUGCACCAGCAGGCCUUACUACAUGUAGCAACAACAGUACUUAAUGGUCAGAAUCAAGGCUUUCCAGUGGAAUCACUGCCCCAAAACUUCUUUGCCACCACAGUGGAUAUUCCCAGGUGUGCAGUGUUCUCAUAACAGCCGUGUGAAUUUGUGUCAACCUGCCGUGUCGUUACAUCAGCUGCCGCUUCUGGCUUCUCCAUUUCUGUUGCUGCACAUUAUUCUGAUGAGAGGCGAUAAGUACUCCUGCCUCCUACACCUCCCGGAGGGAAAGAAAUUCCCCAGAAGUAUGGGGCCGAAUUGUCCUCCAGUCCUAGAUUAUUAUAUAAAGACAGUGGGAAGUCAGCUGCUGCUCGAAUCCUUUAAGGGAUUGUGCACAUUACUUGGAUGAGAACAGAGCAGGGGCCAGUGGAACCGUAAGACUGAAAUUUCAACCACAUUGUGACGGAAGUACUGCAGUUUAGCUUGUUCUGCCUUGACAGAAUGGUAAUGGGUCUUUGAUUACAUAGUAAUCGCUUCCCCACUGGCCUGAAGCUGUAUAAGACUUGUACUGAAGCCAAACAAAAUGGAAAGAUGAUGCUUCCAUUUGAGUGACCCCAAAUCCCAGUACUGUCCCUGCAGUGUAGCAUGUAAACGAUAGCAGUGUCUGGCACCUUAUGACUUCUCAUAGAAAUGUUUUCUGGGAGUGAAAUAAAAUAACUGUUUUAUAUGGAUUAACAACUUUCUUGAAAAUUCAGCUGGUUUUCUUGUUCGUUUCCUAAUAGUUGUUGUUAUUAUUAUUCUUAGAGAUGGCACAACAUAUAAUUUUUUAGUUUGAUUCCGAUAUUAGAGUAUCUGCCCAUUCCAAUACCAAUGAUAUUUCAUAUUUCUCCACUUUAUCAACUACUAAGCAUUAAAUGAGAUAUGCAUUUUAAUUAACACGGUAGACUGUCUGUGUUUAGUGCCAUCCUGGCAUUGCUUGAGUAUGCUAAGGAUAAGAAGAUCAUGUUUUCCAAGCAGAAGCUAUGUCACUACGCUACAGGAGGACGUCCACUGCUAACAUGUUAUAUUCAGCAACAACUUUCAUGAAAAUGAGCAGAAAUAUUUCUUAAAGUGAAAAUUCUCCAAUCUGUUGCUGAAAUAAAUAUAACAGAGAAAUCAAACAUAAAAAUAUCACUAAGUAGUUUCACUACCCCAACUAACUAUUUCAUGUCAAAAGGUGCACGUAAGUCUCCAGUACGAAAUGUAUAGUGGAGCGCAGAUGAAAAAACAAGUGGUAAUAAACCAAUUAAAUGCAAGUCUGAAGAGAUGUAAUUUAUGUACAUUUUACGGUGUUCAGACUUUAAGACGAAAUUAGCACUAGCCUUACAUACGUAGCAGGUGCCUCUAACCUCAGCCUAUAGCAGUCUGCUAACCUGAAUCAUAGGAAGUUUAUUUAUUACCAUUUACUAGAGAAAUAGUACCGCACACUAUGCAUGUCAAAUUACUUUGUCAUUUUCCAACAAGACCUUUUUAUAUAAUAUACAAAACUUCUAAAUUAUGGUUCUGUAUGUGCAAAGUUACUAUUGUACACACUGGGGGGCACUACAUUUUGGACUAAAAAUGCAAAUAAAAAAAAUUUAUUUGCUAUUAAAAAUGCAAAAUAAAUGGCACUUAAAAGUUUAAAAGUUACUCUGAGAAACGCAAGACUCCACGGUCACAAACGCAGUUAACAUGUGAGUGAGGCUGGUUGCCAAAACCGACGCAGGGCAUAUCCAAGCUAAGAUUAUAAUAUUAAAAACACAGUAUGCACUUACAUUGACAAAUAUUAUAUAUCACUAGUAUUUAUAUAGUAUGUGACUUUGCACGUCUUCUGUGAAAUUCUGCAGUCUUUUGGCAAGCUCCUGUUUUAAUUGUUCACGGUCAACUCAUGAAUAACUAAAACUGUGAAUGUCAAAUUCGCAAAUUUGAAAGGGUUACUGCAUUUCCAGACCCUAUUUGACAAUUGUUCAGUUACUGAAUAACUGACUUUCCCUAAUUUACUACAAGCAUUUUAGACUACAAGCAUUUUUCAGGCUAGACCUACCUCUGAUGAAGAGUCAGAUUCGGUUCUCAGCAUCCUACCCCCCCCCCA